CGUAGGUUGCUGUGGAAAUUUUUAGUUGCAUUUUAAGUUUUUUGAACCCUCUUUAAUAAUUCAGCAUCGGAUCGUUUCAGUAGGUUUUAUUAUGUAAAAAAGUCGCCCUACCUCUCAUCUUAUCUUCGCAGGCACAGUUUAAAAAUUUCGCGGCAGUUGAAUGAUUAUUUUCUGUAAAGAAAACCCAAGUGAAUAAAACAGAUUUACGGCAAACUGAUUCUGUUUAUAACAGGAAACGUAUAAGGAAUGUUAAGGAAACUAUUCACAGUUUUGUUGUUUACUUUAUGUACAAGACAGCGUUAUGUCCAUGGAUUUGUGGAGCUGGUCAGUGGAAUAUUGUAUGAAGUGGUCACUGAUUCUAAAAACUUUGAUGACGCUGAAGAUCACUGCAGAGGUUUAGAUGGACUAUUGUUUUACUCGAUUUCAACUUCAUCAAUACAAAAUGCACUGAGUGAUGCUAUAACAAGCAACCUAACCUUGAGUGCUCACUCUUCCUUUUGGAUUGGGUUAGAUGAUACAAUGCAUGAAGGAAGAUUUAUAUGGAACAAAGGGGAGGCUUUGCCCGUAUUUAAUUAUAACAACUUUCACCCUUCAGUUGAAGCACAAGCGCACGAAAAUGAAGAUUGUGUAAAAAUUGACAGGGCUGAUUCGUGGCAGUGGAAAGUCACAAACUGUGCAGAGACGAGGCCAUUUAUUUGUCAAAAAGCUACCUGCCUACAUCGACCCAAUAUUGGUCCAACAGCCACAAGAAAUGAUAUUCCGGCACUUGCCUGCCCUGUUACUGUUAGUUGCCAUGGUUUACAAAACUGCAUUAACGAAGUGUGCCAGUGCAAUGGUAUUUUCAAGGAGGGUUCCAAAGACUGUGACAAAUCUUCAGGCAUAACAGCAACACAUGAGGAAAUGUUUGAGGGUAAGACUUAUCUUUUCUUUAAAGAACGUGUAAGGCAUACAGAGGCUUCAAAUUUUUGCAAAGACACAUAUGGCCACUUAGCUAUGCCAAAAACAAAGGCUAGAAACGAUUUUAUCUACACAAAAGCACGAAUGCACCUCUUGGCUUUUGGCUCUACAGUAUGGAUUGGAUUACUUCGAACCAACCCACAAAGCGUUUAUGAGAAAGCAGAAUGGGCAUUUUCAGAUUAUGAAUCUGUUAACUUGCCACCAGAUUUUGGAGACAUGACUGUAGGCGGAGAACUUCCAUUGUAUACGUAUAACUUUACCACUCUAACGGAGCGUUGGCAUUUUUUCUAUUUUAACACUGAGCCUUGGUACAACCGCCAGGAAGCCAUAGAUCAUUGUACUCUCACAGGUUCACACUUACCCUAUUUACUGGAUAAAAGUGAGCAUGAUAGACUUAUUGCGUUGUUAAAGGUAUAUGCACCAAUAUGGUUAGCGGCAAAAGAAGAGAAUGAUUAUCCUGGAUACUACGACCCCAGUGGAAUGUGGUUGGACUUUGCCCGAACUGACGAAGAUUUGAGGUCAUUUCAGUGGUCUGAUGGCACUCAAAUAUUUAUGCAACGUCAAUGGUAUCAUAAUCAUAAUUUUCCACUACCAACAGAAGAGCAACUCGCACUACCACAAUUUUGGAUUCAUCCUGAUCCUAACAAUGUAAUAUGGGGCAGUUCCGAUCCUCCUGGAAGUAAUGGUAUGGAAGAAGCUUAUGGUUGUUUUUACCAUCUACGAGGCUGGGUUGAUUGCGGCUCUUACAUGAAACAGCAUGUAUUUUGCGAAAAAGGUCCAUUCCCAUUUGAACGUUGGUAUCUUGGUGGAUCUGAACAUGCUCAACCUGAUAAUAAAUGGUGUGUGGAAAACUGUGGUGCUAUGCGAAUUGAUUUAACUGAUGUUGGUAAAGCAGAUUUUUCGGAUAUUACCAAUGAGUAUUGGGUAGAUGAGUGGUGCGAUAAAAAGAAGCCUUUUGUCUGUGAAUCUGAGCUGCCUUCACAAUGUCCAACCUACAACCCUCCACUUGUUCAAGGCUGUGUGGAACAUUAUUUUGUUCAGCGUUGUACAGCAAGCCUUUCUGCUGAUUCUCUGAGAGCAUUUUCCUUACUUACUCUCAGGAAGAUGAGUGUUCUAAUAGAAGAAAUCUCUGCCAAUUCCACUAACCUAGAAGUUGGUGUAUUCCAUGAGCUAUGUAAUGGUACAGAGUUGUUAGACCUUGGUUUGACACCAAAGUUCAGAUUCCAUGUGAAUAAACAAACUCAUGCAGAUGCAAAGAGCACGUGUGCAGACAAUAUGGAAAUCUUGCCAUCUCUUAUAACUUCAGAGGUAGCAGAAGUAUUUCGUAAAAAGGUGGAGGAUUCAUUAAAAAUUACUGGGGUUGAAAAAUGGUGGAUUGGACUUGAUGACAUUGCAACUGAAGGAUCUUUUAUAUGGUCAAAUGGUGAGCCACAUGAUCAACCUGGUGGCCACUACACCAACUGGUCACCAACUAGAAGUGGUUCAGUCUCAGCAAAAGACUGUGUAGCUGCUGGUGCUGAUGGAAAUGCAUAUUGGACUGAAGAAGCUUGCACCGAUGCUUUCACAUUUGUUUGCAUGACAAACUACCCCGAUGGUUGCACAACAUUAAAUGGAAGGCAUACCGUAGAAUGCUUGAACAACUUGUGGAAAAGGGUUGGUUGUGUUGAAAUGGGUGAUAAAUAUCCUGAGAAACGAUCAACUGAAAUCAUAGACACAAUGAAGAACACUCCCCUAACGUCACUUGAAACUGACAUAAAACCAAUAAAAACAUCAGCGGAUACGGGUUCAAAACCAGAACAACUUGACUGUUAUGGAAUUGAAUUUCCAGACAAUUGUUUGAGCUUUUAUGGUCCUUACUCAAUUGAGUGUCUCAAUUCAAUAUGGAAUAUCCGAGGUUGUUUGAACAAAGGUACCAAGGCUCCCUCGAAACUAAAUCCAAGUGAAAGAAAUUCUCUAGAUGCUUUAAAUUUAAAGAGUUUAGAACAGCAUAUGCUUGAAUACAGGACAGAGGCAGAUUCAGGGAAUACUCAGAAACAAUUGGAAUGCUUUGGAAUUGAGUAUCAAGAAAACUGUACAACAUUCUACGGUCCUCAUUCCAUGGAGUGCCUUAUAAGUACAUGGAAGAAAGUGGGUUGCAAAGUCGAAGGGGAGAAAUAUCCACCUAAGCUUGAUGAGUUUGACCUUGAGCCACUUGUUGACAUGACCUUGGUAGAGAUGAAUGCUACAAUGAAGGUGUCAAAAAUUAUGGCAGAUCAAGGAGAAGAACAGCAUCAGUUGAAUUGCUAUGGGUUGGUGUUUCCUGAAAACUGCCUCACAUACAAUGGACCUCACAGUGUGGAUUGUCUUACAACUAUCUGGAACUUGAAAGGUUGUAGAAACGACGGAACACAUGCUCCUGUUAAAUUGCCAACCUCUGAACAAGAUGUACUGGUUGCAUACAACCUCAAUGUAUCCUGAUGGCUGCACAACACACAGUGGACCGCACACAAUGGAAUGCCUCAUUGGAGUUUGGAAGCAUGUAGAUUGUAAGG